CUCAUUUAAAACACAUCGCCGUCCCCUUCUUCUUCUUCUUCUUCUUCGUCACACUUCUCUGCCUCCCACUCUCAGAUUCUCUCUCUCUCUCUCUCUCAGCCAUUUCACAUCGAAUGGCUCUACCAAACCAACAGACUGUGGAGUACCCAAGCUUCAAGCUUGUCAUCGUCGGUGAUGGAGGCACAGGAAAGACAACUUUUGUGAAGAGACACUUGACCGGAGAGUUCGAGAAGAAAUAUGAACCAACUAUUGGUGUGGAGGUUCAUCCAUUGGACUUCUUCACAAAUUGUGGGAAGAUUCGGUUUUACUGCUGGGACACUGCUGGCCAAGAGAAGUUUGGUGGUCUUAGAGAUGGAUACUACAUUCAUGGGCAGUGUGCAAUUAUAAUGUUUGAUGUUACAGCCCGGUUGACAUACAAGAAUGUUCCUACGUGGCACCGUGAUCUGUGCCGGGUAUGUGAGAAUAUUCCCAUUGUUCUUUGUGGAAACAAGGUAGAUGUGAAGAACAGGCAGGUUAAGGCAAAGCAGGUUACAUUCCACAGGAAGAAGAAUCUGCAGUACUAUGAGAUAUCCGCAAAGAGCAACUACAAUUUUGAGAAACCUUUCCUGUAUCUUGCCAGGAAGCUUGCUGGGGACCCUGCUCUCCACUUUGUGGAGUCUCCUGCUCUUGCUCCUCCUGAAGUACAAAUUGACUUGGCUGCACAGCAACAGCACGAAGCUGAGCUUCAGCAAGCAGCCAGUCAGCCUCUUCCCGAUGAUGAUGAUGAUACAUUCGAGUGAGCUGGAACUGUGCUGGAGGGGCUAUCAGUCCUUUUGUUGUGUUCUUAUAUGCUGCCUUUACUUCCUUAUGCCUUGUUAUGUGGGAUUUUCAACAACAUAUGGCAGGAUAUGCUGAUCAGUUUAAUGGUCGGUUAUUGACCAUAGACCAUAUAUUAGUUAGGAUUUCCUUUUAACUAUUACAGUAUUUUUGUCCAUGGUUAUGAUGUUGUAUGUCUGAUAUUUAUUGCUGGAGUCCCAUGGUGUUUUUGAGAGUUAAAUUAAAACAAUUAUGCGAUCGUUCUGUCUUGUUUAA